UUUUGACAGUCGUUCACAUCGCUGAGUUGGAAGUUCGUGGGAAAGUGAAAAAUUUUGCAAGUCUCCCAAUUUCCACGGAAAAAAGCAUUGAUUGUGUGAAAAUUUUUCAUUUAAUUACCAUGUAGGUGCCCCAGGGGGAAGUGAUUGUUGGAAAAUUGUGUGAAAAAGUUGGUGAAAUCGAAGGAAAAGGGGGGAAAAAUGGCCCCGCCAGGAAAUGGGAUUUUCGUGGUCAGGGGCGAGCUGUCCACCCUGGCAACGGCCAUGAGACGUGGGGCACGCUGGAGUGGUAGCAAUUCAUACCAGGAUGAUGAACAGGAUGGGCUCCUUAGGCCACUACAUGACCUCAAGAAUAUCCUCAUUCAGAGCGAAGAUCUUCGCCUUAUUGAUCCAAAUGUCUUUCUGGGACCUUUUCUGGAUGUAAUUAAAUCCGAAGAGACCACGGGCCCCGUAACGAGCCUCGCCUUGUCAGCUGUUAAUAAAUUUCUCUCAUACGGUCUCAUUGAUCCCACGCACUCCCACAUUGCAGCAACAGUGGAAAACAUUGCAGAUGCUGUGACACAUGCAAGAUUCGUGGGAACAGAUCAGGCAUCCGAUGGGGUUGUCCUCAUGAAAAUUGUCCAAGUUCUCCGUACGCUGAUGCUCAGCCCCGAAGGUAGUGCCCUAUCCAAUGAAAGUGUCUGCGAAGUAAUGCUUAGCUGCUUCCGGAUAUGCUUUGAGCCACGUCUCAAUGAAUUGCUGCGUCGUACAGCGGAGCAAGCCCUCCGGGAUAUGGUUCUGCUACUCUUUAUGCGUCUACCGCAAUUUGUGGAAGAUCGUGCUCCCUUCAAUCUCACCAAGAAGCUUAAAAUGAUUGCCGGAAGUGAGGGGCAGAAGAAGCGAAAGAGUAAACAAGUUGUUGGGAAAAUUCCCAAAGUGGCAACAAUUAAAGUUGAGGAGACUGAUGGUGAGCCCAUAAGUCCAACAUGCCCUGAUGCGGGAAUGACCUUGAAAGCACCCCCAUUGGCUACUACUCCAGCUACCCCAGCAGGGAACAUUGUAGACAUGCGCGGGAAGAUUGCAGAGACACCAAUUUCUUCACUUAUCCAAACCCCAAAGCGCCCUGUUGACCCGGAAACUGCUGACAUGCCCCCUGCUGCGGAGAAUGGGAAGGAACAGGAUGGGCAGGAUGAUGAAGGGGCCCCAUUGAAUCGUCAGGAGAGCGCUGAAUGCGAUGCCGAUGCUGAAGAUGAAGCCGACGAUGGGAAGGCGGUGGCUAAAAGUGAGAAAAUUCGCGAAGAAUAUGUAAAUUCUGUCGGAGUGCGCUUCACCCAGCAACGCAGUAUCACCACAACACUCCUUCCCUAUGGAUUGCCGUGCAUCCGGGAACUCUUUCGCUUCCUCAUCUCCCUGUGCAAUCCACUCGAUAAGCAAAAUACCGACAUUAUGAUGCACAUGGGAUUGAAUCUCCUUACAGUAGCCCUGGAGAUUGGUGCAGACAGCAUUGGGAACUACGACAGCCUCCUGGCACUCGUACGCGAUGACAUGUGUCGCAAUCUCUUUGCCCUCCUCAACACGGAACGUCUCACAAUCUUUGCUGCUGACCUGCAGGUUUGCUUCCUCCUCUUUGAAUCCCUCCGGGGACACUUGAAGUUCCAGUUGGAGUUUUACCUCACAAAGCUGGCGGAGAUUAUUGGCAGUGAGAAUCCACGACUGCCGUAUGAGAUUAAGGAACUCGCCCUCGAUAAUAUGCUGCAACUCUGGCGGAUUCCGGGCUUUGUGGCGGAGUUGUACAUUAACUUUGACUGUGACCUGUACUGCACGAAUCUCUUCGAGGACAUCACGAAACUCCUGUCGAAGAAUAGCCUCUCAGCCACACAGGCCAUCUACAGUACACACAUUCUCUCCCUGGACGCCCUGCUGACCAUCCUGGAGGCAAUCAAGAAGAAUUGCAUCGCCACAAAGGCAGGGAACACAGCAACGGUGUCAAGACAUUCACGCAACAAUUCAAGCUGCGAAAGGAUCACAAUUGAGAGUGAUGUGAAUGCGAGUGGUGCGGAAAGUAGUGCCGUUGAGGUGGAAAAUAUCAGUGAGUACAUAAAUUUGUCUCAAUUGGAACGAUAUCAUUGCAAUGCUGAUGAGAAUAUCCCCGUGAGUCACGAUCAGUUGGCUGAAUUGAAGAAUAAAAAGCGAAUCCUGUCGCAGGGGACGGAAUUGUUCAAUUCACGCCCCGAGAAGGGGAUUCAGUACCUCCAGGAGAAUGGUCUACUCAACCCGGUGCUGGAUCCGCGGGAAGUUGCGCAUUUUUUGCGCGAGAAUUCGGGGUUGGAUAAGAAGAUGAUUGGGGAGUAUAUAAGUAAAAAGAAGAAUGUUGAGAGUAAAAUUCUCGAGACGUACGUGAAGUCAUUUGAUUUCACGAAUAUGCGAAUAGAUUUGGCAUUGAGAUUGUAUUUGGAGACAUUCCGCCUACCUGGGGAGGCGCCCCUUAUCUUCCUGGUGAUGGAGCAUUUUGCCUCGCACUGGCAUCAAUGCAAUGGGGAACCAUUUGCCAAUACUGAUGCUGCCUUUAGGUUAGCCUAUGCAAUUAUUAUGCUGAAUAUGGAUCAACAUAAUUACAAUGCGAAGCGAUUGAACAUCCCCAUGACAGUGGAGGAUUUCCAGAAGAACUUAAGGGGGCUCAAUGGGAGUUCGGAUUUUGAUCCGGAUAUGCUGGUGAGUGUGUACAAUGCGAUUAAGAGUGAGGAGAUUGUCAUGCCGGCCGAGCAAACGGGUAUUGUGCGAGAGAAUUAUCUGUGGAAGGUUCUCCUGCGUCGUGGGGCAGGACGGGAUGGGAUGUUCCAUCAUGUACGCGGGGCAGCGCAUGAUAGGGAACUUUUCCGGAUUGUUUGGGGUCCAACAUUGGCAGCAUUGAGCUUUAUGUUUGACAAAUCCACCGAUGUGAGCAUUAAUCAACGUGCCACACGGGGAUUUUCGGCAAGUGCGGGGAUUUCUGCCCACUAUGGGCUUCAUGAGGACUUUGACGCCCUCAUUUUGACUCUCUGUAAGUUCACGACACUCCUCAAUGUGCCCGAGGAGGCAAAUGAGAUUGCAACAAGUGUGGCCUUUGGGCAGAACGCCAAAGCACAGUUGGCGAUGAAAUGCAUCUUUGGGCUUGUCCAUGAGCACGGGGACACAAUGCGGGAGAGUUGGAAGAAUAUCUUGGACACCAUGGCGCAGCUAUUUAAGCUAAAACUCCUCCCAAAGGGGCUCAUGGAAGUUGAAGACUUUUGCGAAGCUUCCGGACGUGUGGCGCUCAUUCACACGAAACCCCAACUCGUAAGAGCCGACGCUGGGCUCCUGAGCAGCUUGUACUCCUACCUUAGCUCCGAUAGUCAACGACAACCAUCGUAUGAGGAGCAGGAGAUCAUCAAAGUGUCAAAGAAGUGCAUUAAAGAGUGUCAAAUUGAGCAAAUUGUUACCGAAUCGAAAUUCUUGCAAUUUGAAUCACUUCAGGAGUUGCUAAAGUGUCUCUUUGCAUGCCUAAAAGCUCCGGAAAGUCACAAAUCUGUUGGGAUGAGCUACCCUGAGGAUGUUACAGUGUUCCUCAUGGAGCUCUCUGUGCGUAUCCUUGUGAAUAAUCGCGAUCGUAUCCUGCCCAUUUGGGACACAUGCCGGGACCCGCUGUAUCAGCUACUAAUUGGAGCAGCUAAGUGUGGUUAUGAUUACCUCCUGAAUCGCACCAUUGUGGCCAUCUUAAAGCUCGCCAUCUACCUCAUGCGCAACGAGGAACUCUGCCCAGUUGUCCUGCAGAGUCUCCGUACCAUUCUCACCCUCAGGCCACGCGUAAUCUUUCGGAUUUCCCGACAAAUCUCCACGGGAAUUUACGAAUUGCUCAAGACAAGUGCUCAGAAUAUUCACACAGAAGCCGAUUGGGCGAUAAUUUUCACUCUCCUUGAGUGUGUGGGUGCUGGAGCUGUUCCUGCGGCCGAAUAUGAAGAAGUCACAGCAAAUGGGACAAAAUCCGACGGAGCGUUGAGUAGUGAGGAGGAUUCCGGACUUCCAGAUCGGGGAUACACGUCGGAUUCCGAGGUGGGGCGUAGUGGUCAACUGUCCACAAUGAGUACACCCCUCGUGAGUCCGGCAAGUGCAGAAAAUUGGAUUUUGGUCAAUAAAGAUGCAGCAGAUGUGCAAAUGGUACGUCCACUGUCACCCAUUAACACCCUGGCGUACACCUGCAAGCUAGGGGAGCAUAGUCCGGUGGCGCUGGUGAAAUGUUGGGAUAGUUUGGCAUUCAUUGUGCGCAAUGUGGCUCACAUAACGCCGUAUAAUUUUGAGAGUUGCGUCAAGUGCAUGAGAACAUUCGCUGAAGCUUCACUAAAUGGCGGCCAGAGGGUGCGUCGAGCGAAAAAGGGGACGCCACGGAAGCGUGAUGAGAGUAGUGAUAGUGAUGCAGAGGAAGUUCCCGAAAGGUAUCCAACGAUUGCAAUUCAACUGCUGGAUCUCAUGCAUACCCUCCAUACGCGUACAGCACAGAUCUUCCGGUGGUGGGCUGAAGAGGGUGGUGUUCUGCCGCAUGGUGGUGCCCUCUGGGCUCAGGGAUGGUGCCCACUGUUGCAGGGGAUUGCACGCUUGGCUACGGAUCAACGACGGCAGGUGCGCACGAGUGCCAUUACAUGCCUCCAGCGGGCACUCCUUGUGCACGAUUUGCAGACACUUAGUGGCCCCGAGUGGGCGGGUUGCUUCAAGCAGGUUCUCUUCCCACUCCUGUCGGAUCUUCUAGCCGAGGCACCAGCCCCGAAUGAUCCGAGCCUCCUCGAGGAGAGUCGCAUGCGUACUGCCACCAUAAUGUCCAAAGUUUUCCUCCAUCAUCUCACCCCACUCAUCUCCCUGCCCACCUUUGCGGAGCUCUGGGUGGAGAUUCUCGACUACCUGGAGAGAUUCAUGAAGAUUGGCUCUGAUAUGCUGUACGAAGCAAUGCUGGAGAGUCUCAAGAAUAUGCUUCUCGUCAUGCACAGUGUGAGGGUUUUUCACACGGCCGAUGGUGUCACUCAUGCACCCCUCUGGGACAUUACGUGGUCACGUGUUUCCCUGUUUCUGCCCAAUCUCAAGGAGGAACUCUUCAGGAAUGAAGUUGAACAACCAGGACAACCAGGAAUCAUUCCAAGUGCUCCAAGUCCUCCUAUACCUUCACCCACAGUGGCUCAGCAUCCUGAUAGUGCUGCACUUCCGCCAAAAACCAGCAUUAUCCUCCAACCACCGGCAGCAAGCCCAGAAGUACCACAAGCAGCGGUUCCCCUGCUAAUUGGGCGGACUCAUUCCCCUGCGGCUAGUGCUCCAGUUCCCAUUCUUUUGCAUCAGGCACCACAGCCUACACCUAGUUCUCCGCCGUUGCAGCAAACCUUCCUCCCAGCCAGCCCCCCACGCGUUGAGAGUCUCCCGGAAACACCAAAACGCGAUGUGCCGCUGCCCUUUGUCAAUCCGGACUUUUCAAAUGUCAUUGAUCUCCCCGUGACACCGAGUCCACCGCCACAAAGUGAUCCAGGGGUGCCAAUGAGUCAUCUUUUGGCUGGGAAUCAGUACCCCAGCCUCACGAAGGUACCCCCAAAUAUUGUCCAGAGCUUCGCGCCAGUCUUCGUGCAACCGCAGAAUGUGCAAAGUGAAACGGACAUUUACAGUGACUACGUGAAGAAUCCCUACAAUUUAACCCUGCAAACGGAUACGGAGCACGAUGGGGCAGCUAAUGAGAAGCUGCUGGAGGAGAAUCGCAUUUUGGGAUCACCGGAAAAGGUGGCAACGGCGGCGGGUACAUCGUCAAAUGUUUUCCAAUCAGCCAAUUACUUUGGUAAUGAUACUGGAGUCAUUCCGCCGGGUUCUGAAGUCUUCUUCGGGGGACCUUAAGGCCUCUGCCGCCGUAACAUCUUUAAUAAGGGGGAAGGGUUAGCAGUGCGUCUAACGCAAAAGUCAUGCAAUCUGUUGCUAGAUUUUUAAUUUUACUAUGUUAUUGUAUUAUUGAGUAUAAAUUAUUAUUGGACGAAAUUGGACAUAUAAAUAAAUAAAAAAACUAAUCAUUUUGUGGUAGAAA